UUAUGAAUUUUCUCAUGAGAGGAAUAUUUAUAAUAUAGGCAGAAGGUACAAAUUAUUGGACUUAGUUUGACUGGUACGUGACCUGUAGUCUGUCUAAACUAUAAACCAGAUACACUGAUACCGUACUUGUUCAUGUGUCAUCUCGCUCGUUAAACCAUUAGCUACUUAAAAGGAAAAGUAAAUGGCCGGUAUCACAAUAGAUAUUUGUGAGCCUUGCACAACAUUGAGCCUCGUUCAAUAAAUGCCUAUUGAAGCCGAGGAUUACGUUUUAUUUUCUGUUUUUCAUGAGGCCGCUGUGAGCUAUUGACUGCUGUCAGACAUUUAAAAAUAUUUUCAUUUCUGGGUUUAAAGCAGGUCUGUGCUUGGAUUGGGGUGCUCCACAAUCUCUAGGUUUCAUUUCUAAUACAUGAAGUGGCAUUAACACCCGGUGGUCAGUAGUAUACAGCUUGGUGACCGGUGGGGAUUACUGGACGGAUACUGAGCGGGUCAGAUAGAGACAUUGAUACUGUCAUUGUUGGUGUAGGGGAUUUACCAUUGUACACACUAACUACAGUUACAAGCAAGACUUUACUAUCUGAUUGUGUUUAGAAGGAUUUCCAUAAUUCUAUGCAUUGUUCAGGUAAGUAUGGGAAAUAUGCAGCUCUCUCAAUGAAUGGUUCACGGGAAGUUUGUAUUUGUUUAUUCAAGUUUUAGUACAUCUGUUAAAAUAGGAAACUGCACUGUGUCAUAUAAUGCAGUUCUUAACUGACAAAUCAAUAUAUAGACAUUGAAAUUUAGUCUUGUGCACAUUUAUACACAGUAUUAGAAUUUAAUCUCGUGUACUUUUCAGACAGGCCAUAAACAUGAAUAAAUUUGGUCAAAUUAAGUAUUUUUAAAUUCCUGAUUUUCUUAUCAGUAAUAUACCCAUCAAACCGAUUAGAUUGAAAACGAUCACAGGAGCGUUUUAAUUAAGCUGUACAAUUUGAUCUUAGUAAAUCAUUGAGGCGUGUAGAUGGAACAUGAAAUAAAAAUCUAACAAUUCUAAACCCUUCAGCAAUAUAAUCCCCCAACAUGAGAUGGGGUGAUAAAUGGGUGAGAUACGUACAGUGCGUUACCCGUGACCCGAUUAAUUGGAAUUACAAGUCUUACAGAAGAAUGGAAUGCACUGGUGCAUUAUCAGCCAGCAUACAGUUAUUGAAUUAUUUCUCUGGUAUAUAUACAAGGUAUAUACAUAUCUGUGUUAUGAAAUUAACGUGACAUAAACACACUGCAAUAUUGAUCAAUGCUUGUAAGUUCAUAUUUUCAUUAGUGUCACACACGUUUUAUUUUGUUGCCCGUUGUUCAGUAAAUCUUGACACACUAAGGGAUGGUAGAUCUUUCUGCUGUUUAAUAUGCUAUCCACUAUUGGGAAGUUAUGGUCAGUAAUUGUUCAGUAAAUCUUGACACACUAAGGGGUGGGGCUUUUUGCUGUUCAGUAUAAUUUCUAACUUGUUCUACAAUAGGGAAGUUAUGGUCAGUAAUUGUUCAGUAAAUCUUGACACACUAGGGGGUGGGGCUUUUGCUGUUCAGUAUAAUUUCUAACUUGCUCUAAUAUUAAGAAGUUGUGGUCCGUUGACACAGGUCAUUUGAUUCAGAAUUACAUUUCAUCUCGUGAUUGGUGGAUCAUGAAUUCUGAAGUGAGCAGACCUCAUUUGAUGCAAAUUUGUCAUUGCUUUCUUUGGUAUGCAUCUUACACAAUACAAUGAAAUGUACUAUUACUGUAAAAUGUAAAUUGAGAAUCAUCAAAAAGCAGAGGCAAGCUGUACAAUUAUCUCCCCUUGUAUGCAAGGGGUGGAGUGCAUCUCUCCAAACCUAUGCUUGAGAUUUUUAUAAUAAUAAGCUGUUUCUUAUUAUUCUGUAAUCAGGAAAUUGUUUUUUACUUCAAACUUUGUUGCCAUUAGGAACUGUAAUAAGCAUUGGUAGGAUGGGAAAUGUGUUAUUAGGCACUAUUUGAAUCCCCCUCCCCCCACCAACCCAUCUCCCCCCCCACCCCCCGAAUGUUUAUGAGAUACUCAAGUGUAGAUUUAGUAGUCAUUUUCUCGAGGAAGAGAGAAGGGGCUCAGACAAGUACAUUUAAAGUGUAGCUGGUGCAUUUAAAAGUUCAAAUUUGUUAUUUUAGGUACACAUUAAAAGGAUAUGACUCCAAACAAGACUCAUGGCAGCUAACUACGAGACCAUGGAUUAGAAGUGGCUUGUACCCUGUAACACAUGAUGACAAUGGACAUGGAACCACCCAAUGACUUCCUCCACGGGCUGAACAGGAUCCGCUGCAAUGGCUCCCGGAUCAUGGUGGGGAACCGGGAUUUUACCUCCGCCUCCGAGGCCUUAGAGGCCUACCUGGAUCAAUAUGCAGGUUUGACCUCUAAACACAAAGGUCGCUACAGACAGAAUGUCUCAGAUCUUCUAGACCCAAAGUCGCCCCUCCAUCAAACCGCGGAACGAUCCCUGCAAACUGGGAUUCGAGACACAGCUGCCGAACUGAAACUUGCUAGCGCUCGAGAUUCCAUCAACGAAUCGUAUGACAAAAUGAAAAGAAGUAUGGCUCUCAGAGCAGAAGAACGUGAGAGAAGAAACCUGCAGGGUUAUGGGCAGGUUCACCGAGUUGAUGAAGCUCUGAACAAAUCCGGAGAACUCCUACAGAGAAUAGCUAAUGAUGAAGCUCUCCCUAAGGAUGGUCCGAGUGACAUUGAGAGUAUGAACACCGACACGCUCAUCAACAUGAACUUAGAGACAGCGGGGCAGAAACGAGGACACGUGUAUUCUUAUAAGAACCCCAGACACAGAUCCAAAACUGUGGGGGCGGCGCCUCGAAAGAGAGACCUGUCUAGUGUAGAGGACAUUCUGGGAUCCAGACGAAGUGGUCUGGCCAAUUUACCGCCCCCGAUGAGUUACAAGUCCUCCCAACCAAGGGAGAGAAGCAGGUCCAUUUCUCCGUCUUCUUUCAGACAUCACGAGAGAUUGGCCAGUAACCCUGCCCGACAGGCCUAUGACAUUCCUGUGAAAAGUUAUGAUCUGGAUUUAUCUCAGACUAAGAAGCCUCCCAGCUGGAUUGAUGCUUUGGACAUUUCUAAUCCAAGUGAGAGUUUUUGGAGUAAGAGGGACCUUGUGUCAGGUCGUCCGGCUCCUAGCUGGAUACACGGACUAGAUAAGUCGGAUAUUACUGGUGUAACAGCUGAUCUACCUCAGAAGCGUGUGGGCUUCUCAGAAAAAGUGGCUAAAUCUAGUUUUGACAGAUCACAUGACUCAAAUCCACCUGGUCUAGAUUUCAAUGAUUUGUUGUCAAAAUCACCUGGAAAAUCUUCAUUAAAGUCGCCAAAGUCAGGUCGAAAGGCUUACAAUUUUUCAAGCAAAUUGGCUCCAGAAGUUUUGAAUGCAGGGAACACAAGUGCAAACAGUAGUGAUAUUUUGGAAAAAUAUUUAGACACUUCUACAAAGGGGGAUAACUCAUUUGAAAUUUCACGUCGUCCUCGGUGUUCCAGUCUGGACACUGAGGCACUAUUGGCGGGAAUAUCAGCUCCAAACAAAAGUGACAUAACCGGAGCAAGCCCCAUCACACCAGUAAAGUCACCAACACAGACCAGAGGUAGCAAUCGACCACAAAGUCCGGACACAGACAUGGUUCUGGAUGGGGACCGGUCCUGGGAGAAACCUGUGGCACCUAGCCUGAAGCCAGUGGUGUUUACAGAGAAUGACAACCUACAAACCAACACACUGACAGGGACCCCCCAGCCUGGAAGUCUGGAGGCCCUCAAGAAUAUGUUGUUUAAACUCCAGACUGAGGCUGCGGCUCACGCGGCAGGGAAUCCCACCACUGUAGAAAACUUACAGAGUGGUGUUCCUUCUGCAGGAAAGUUAGAGGAUGACAUCCCUGCCCUUAAGGGUUACAACUGGCAAGAGCAGCCCGGGGGACAGUCCCUAGAAAAAGCUCUCCUUCACCUGGGAAAUCUAAAGACAAUCGUAAACAACGAAAAGGUGGCGCGAAGUCGAUCUCCCUCACCCCACAGAAUGAGAAGCAGGUCCCAUUCACCAGGUCGCCCAAGGACCCCACUCAGCUAGUCACGUGCCAACAUUUACUCUCUACAUUUACAAAACACAGCUGACUGUUAAUUUAAGUUUAUCUGUUGUCUUUUUACAUUCCAUCUUUAUAUCCAUUGUUGAUUAAAUACCUAGAUGCGCUAGUCUGUUAUCAAUGCUAGCUUCUUACCUCCAUCCACCCGAGGCUACAAUCAGAAAUCCAGGAUUCCUACAAAUGAAAAUGUUUAUUUUAUGUGUUGUCUUGUGUAAAGCAACAUCGUACCAUGUCUUUUUCCCACAAUACUUUGUAAUUCGCAGCGGAAGAACUUUUUACAGAGUUCCUGUAUUCCAUUAAGUGUAUUUAUAUUACUGCCUGUUUAUUUCAGAUUUUUUUUAAAGUUGCCAUCUUAUGAAAAUGAUAACACUUUAUUUCAUGUUUCAAUACUACAAUUUCAGGUUUUCUGCAGAACACACUCGAUUCUUAAAACUUGUGUAAGGGCCCUGUAUACACUGCACUCUGGAGAGUUCAAAUUUCUGCAAUUAGAGUGAUCUGCCCUUUGGUGAAUGAUACAAUAAACUGAAUUUACAGUGUUAUCCACAUUUUGUAAUCAAUUGAGGAAUUUUCAUCAUUACAUUAUACCAAGAUAAAGUUACUAAAUGCUAUAUUUGAAAAUCUUUGACAUUUCAAAUCAAUAAUUUUGAUUUUGAGUCAUCAUUUCUUCGUAGUCUUUGAAGAUUUUUUCCUGGGGCCAAAUGACACAUAUGAUACCCCAUACUGAAAAUAUCAAGAUAAACUCAACAUGUACACCUUUAUGUGAAAUAAUUUUCUUAUUGUCUGAAAACAUUUGUCGACAGUGUAUAGAGGGUCCUUAAUAUCCGCAAGGUGAGAAUGGUAGUACAUGUACCUUGUGUCAUUAUGUACUUGAGUUAAAGUAUAUAUUGAUGAGGUUGUAGGAAAAUAGUUGAUGCUUAUUUCAUAGAAAUCCAAUACCAUUGUAUCAUAACUUAGGCAUUUUUAUAUUCUUCAAAAUGGAGAAGCACAAGUUUGGUUGUAAAUUUUACUGAGAGCACCUGCUUGUUGUGAUAUUGUGUAAAUUUCACUGAGAGCACCUGCUUGAUGUGAUAUUGUAUAAAUUUCACGGAGAGCACCUGCUUGAUGUGAUAUUGUAUAAUUUUCACAGAGAGCACCUGCUUGAUGUGAUACUGUGUACAUUUCACUGAGAGCACCUGCUUGAUGUGAUAUUGUGUACAUUUCACUGAGAGCACCUGCUUGUAGUGAUAUUGUAUAAAUUUCACUGAGAGCACCUGCUUGUGAUUUGUGUACAUUUCACUGAGAGCACCUGCUUGUUGUGAUUUGUGUACAUUUCACUGAGAGCACCUGUCUGUUGUGAUAUUGACACUGUAAUGAUAUUUUGUUAUUGUAGUUAGAAACUGGUUCUUUGUACAUUUUCAAUAUUAUUUAUGUUUUUGAAUAUUACAGUUUUGUUAUCCAUUUCUCAUUAAAUUUUUGUAUUUAU